UUGUAGGUUAAGUUGUCAAAAAUCAAAAAAUACCUCAGAAAAAUGAAUUUUAUAAUACAAAACGUUAAGUUGGGGCUUUUAACGGGUUCAGAAAUACUAACAAAUUCUGUCCGAUAUGCUAGUAAAAAAGCUAAAAGUAGUACAAGAAAUUCGAGCCCCAAAACCAGACCAAAACACAGAGGUUGGAAGGUCCAAGAUGGACACACAGUACAUGCGGGGCACAUUUUGGCAACACAGCGGAAUUUAAGGUUUCAUCCUGGAUUAAACGUUGGUUUGGGUAAAAACGGUACCCUUUUUGCCAUUAUCCCUGGUAAGGUUUUGGUAACAUGUGAAAAAGCCGAUUUAAACUGGGAACACACUUGGGUUCAACGUUGCUAUGGUCACAGACAAGGAACGGAAUUUUACAAGAAAUAUUUUAAUGUCAUACCUGAACCUCAACACCAGAAUUUUAAGCUGGUCGAUCAAAUUUAAACGGCCAUUUUAGAUUAUGUAGUUAAAUAAAGUUGUUUGUUAUUUAAUUUAUUGUUUUAUUAA